CCAGAAGAUACCUUGCAUUUCCUUAUCAUCAUAACCCAUCAUUUCGGGCUAUUUAUUAGCUAUUCAUGUCUUUGUGUGCCUUGUGGAUAUGCCACUCUCCCCUUGACAAUGGAGGAUGAGGGCAUGUCCAUUGUUCCCUAUGGAUCGGGUAAUCUUGAUGUCGUGCUGCGACACAAUGACUCGGUUGUGGUUUACGAUCGGGAUUCGCGGCAACUCGUUCUCCAGAACACCGCAGAACGAAGGGGUAGUGACCUGGAUCUAACCGACUGUCCUUACUGCCAUCGUCCUUUGCACGAGACUGGAUCAACUCAUAGUGAUCAUGAAAAUAGCGCGAGCGGGCAGGGUGAAUUCGUUAAUCCAGACUACUUUCGACUACUUCAUGCCAGCUUACCUGGCUCUACGGACUCGUCCAACGCCCCUUCCCCCCGUCGCCGUCUCGUUCAGCCAGCUAUUGCGGACGGGCCCACAAGUGGCCCUAGCGAUACGGAGGUCGACACCCAUAUAAGUCAGGGAAUUUCGUCCGCAGCAUUCACGCAGGACUACUUCAAAAAAUUCUUUGUUGAAGAGAGGGUCCUAGGUAAAGGCGGCAAAGGCGUUGUCCUUCUGGUAAAACACGUACUGGACGGUGUCUCGCUUGGCCAUUAUGCCUGCAAGAGGGUUCCUGUCGGAGAUGAUCACGAGUGGCUUGAAAAGGUGUUGGGUGAGGUGCAGCUUCUGCAGCACCUUUCCCAUCAAAAUCUCGUCUCUUAUCGACAUGUGUGGUUGGAAAAUGCAAAGAUCACUACAUUCGGGCCGAGUGUCCCAUGCGCGUUCAUACUUCAACAGUAUUGCAACGCGGGAGAUCUCCACAAUUACAUCUGUGGUGCAGUGCAAACCCCUACUACGACACAGCAGCUUAAAGACCGCCUGAGAAGAAGGUCAAGGGGUGGACUAGAUCCUGAGAAUGACCAUGGGGCACUGCGCAAGCUCCAUUUCGAGGAGAUUUACUCCUUCUUCAAAGAUAUCACUUCCGGAAUCCGGUACCUUCAUGCCAAUGGCUAUAUCCAUCGUGAUCUCAAGCCCCACAACUGCUUACUGCAUAAGACAAGUGACGGGGUUCGGGUGUUGGUGAGUGACUUUGGCGAGGUUCAGGCCCAAGAUGCAACUCGAAGGUCCACCGGGGCUACAGGGACUGUUUCUUACUGCGCACCGGAGGUUUUAAGGCGGGAGUAUCCUGACGGGCCCUUCGGUAACUUUACCUUCAAAUCCGACAUCUUUUCCCUAGGGAUGAUUUUGUACUUCCUCUGCUUUGCGCAACUUCCAUAUAGCAACGCCGACUUGAUCCACGAGGAGAAAGAAGACUUGGACCGACUUCGCGAAGAGAUCAGUCAAUGGUCGGGAUUCGACUACGCCAGACGCAUGAGACCGGAACUCCCCGAACAGCUUUAUAUGUUCCUUCAGCGUUUGCUGUCCGUGGAUCCCGAUCGCCGCCCAUCGGCAGAAGAAGUCCUUAACGGUCUUCAGGCUGGGGCCAAUGUCAAUGAAAACUUCCGCCUGAAGCGGACUAGCCCGACUAGUCCUGACAUGCGCCCCAAUUCUCGAAUUCAUCCGGUAGAGAGUCCGUCGCCUACAUCCUACACUCGUCAAGCCCUGUCUCCAAACAGAGCUCUAGCGAGGUCACCACCAAGUGCUCGGCGGACAUCUGCGUACGAUAGCACCAACCCAGAUGCAGCUAGGGCUGAUUCCACCUCGUCCUCUUUGAGCUCUGAACGAAACCUCAUAUUCCGACCGCGUUUCUCGAGUACUCCCUCAUCCUCGCUGUCGCCUACUCAUCGUACAUCUGAGGAACAUCAACACGAAGUAAGGCCCCAGGACCUACCUGACACGGCCGAAGAGCCCCGACAACAACAUCUCCUCCCACCACCGCCCAGCCACUGGUUCUUGCAAAGAUACCUCCCAUUCUUGGAACCCAUAACAACAUAUCUGGUGGAUCAGCAGCUUGGGCUUACAAUCGUGCAACUGAGCACUUUUCUCCUCAAGCUACUCUCCGUAUUUCAGCCCUGCAGUCCGCUGACCGUCAAUCCAUGGGUUACUUACCCCUUGCUGUUAGUGGCAGCGGUCAAUUUCCCAACGAAAAGCUUUGUCAGGCAGAUGAUCUCACUGGUGCUGCACCUCCUGGUUGUAAGUUUGUGUAUGCAGAUGGAGGCGCUCUGUUGGAGGACGUACAUGCGUUAAAAUUCCGGUCCAUGAUGUUCGUUUGAGUGGUUGCUUGUAUCCGAGUUGGGGUGGCACAGGGUUCAGACUGCGACGGAAAGAGAUACGGCAUCUGUCGCUUCGGUGCAUGGCUUCGCAAGCGGUAGUGAAGCUACGCCUUUAAUUGACAGAUGCAUGUGCCCAUGUUAUUGAAAUGCAUUUAUAAACUAUUUUAGGCAGUUACCUGGGUAGUGACAGUGACCAUGCCGCAUGAUACGGGGUAAGAUUCCGUUAUUCGCUCAUCUUGAUGGCAUAAGCGCUGUCCGGGGUCUUCUGAUAAUAGUUUGACACGGCGCCCUUUGAAAG